AUGCCAACAGACAACAGCCACCUGCCAGACAGUAUCGAAGAGCAAGACCCUGCUACUACUACAAGCAAUAAUUGCCUGCAUAAUGAUGAGGAAUCGGGAGCUGAAGAAGAAAAUGGCGUUUGUAACAGUGACCUGGAUAACUCUGCCAGCCAGUUAUGCACUUCUGUGGCUGUUCCUUUGGAGGUGCCUAGGAGGGGACAACCCCUUCUACAGAUCAACAGGCAGCAAAUUCAGUCCAUCUCACAUAGUGCACAGGCUGCUGAGCUCAAAGGUUUAGGAGUUGAUGUCUAUGACCAGGAUGUAUUGGAGCAAGGAGUUCUUCAGCAAGUAGAUAAUGCAAUUAAUGAAGCUAAUAAAGCAGCAAAAGUAGCUGAUGCGGAAAAAGAAUAUCGGUCAGUGCUGGAUGACUUAAGGUCAUGUACAGCAUCUCUGAGACAAAUAAAUACAAUUAUUGAGCAACUUGCGCCUCAAGCUGCCGACAACAAAGAUGUAAACAGAAAAUUAGAUUCUGUAAAACGGCAAAAAUAUAACAAGGAGCAACAGCUAAAGAAGAUCAAAGCAAAACAAAAGCGUCUCCAGGCAAUUCUUGCUGGAACAGAAGUUCUUGAUAAAUUAAAUGAGGUUGAAUUCGAGGAAGAUGAAGAACCAGGUCCAUCAUGUCUGGGCAGUAUGCUUAUGCCUGUUCAGGAAACAAAGUGGGAAGAGCUUAUUCGUACUGGCCAGAUGACUCCAUUUGGAAGUAAAAUACCUCAGAAGCCGGAGAGGAAGACACGGCAGUUAAUGCUAAAUGAAGCAUCUGAUUUUGAGAAGUACUUAGAAGACCAAGCUAAGCUGUCAUCUGAAAGAAAGAAGUUAUCCCUUCGCAAAGGAGCAAAGAAGAACGUACAAGCCAAGAACGUUCAGCACCUAGCUCCUGCAUCUUCUACUAACAAAGAAAGGGGUAAAGCCCUGUCAAAAUCAGAUAAGCACUUAAAACACAUGAGAAAACUUCAGAAGCAUGCUCUUAAGAUUCACUCAAAGGCAAAGAUUCCAAAAGAAAAGAAAUACUGUGAGGCUAAGAAGUUCAGGCACGAACAGGAGGAUAAUAGUGGAGAGUCUGAGUAUGUACCUGAUGAGGAGCUAUUUGAUCCAGAAGAGGAGGAAGAGCAGGCAUCUUCUCAUGCUGAGAGUAACUCUGAUUAUGAACUCAAGCAUUUGUCAAGAAAAAGAAAAAAAUUGCUGAAGAGAGAUUUUAAAGAAGCUGAAGGUGAUGCUGACUUCAUUCCAAGCUCUGAGGAAGAAGAGCAUACACCACGGAAGCGCAAAGUAAAAAGGUGGAGAGAUGAUGGAGAUGAAGGCUAUUAUAAACAGCGGCUAAGGAGGUGGCAAAAAGAACGUUUGAAGGACAAAGAACAACAAAUAGCUGAGGAACUUUCUGAAGAAAGUGACAUUGAAUUUGAAGAGGGUUUCAGAGUACCAGGAUUUCUCCUCAAAAAGCUUUUUAAGUACCAGCAGACAGGUGUUAGGUGGCUCUGGGAAUUGCACUGCCAGCAGGCAGGAGGAAUUCUGGGAGAUGAGAUGGGAUUGGGCAAGACCAUCCAGAUAAUUGCCUUCUUGGCAGGUCUGAGCUACAGCAAGAUCAGGAGUCGUGGUUCAAAUUGCAGGUACCAGGGAUUGGGUCCAACAGUGAUUGUUUGUCCAGCUACUGUGAUGCAUCAGUGGGUAAAAGAAUUCCACACCUGGUGGCCUCCAUUUAGAGUUGCCAUUCUCCAUGAAACUGGUUCUUAUACUGACAAGAAGGCAAAACUAAUUCAUGAAAUUGCUUCAUGCCAUGGAAUUUUAAUUACGUCUUAUUCAUACAUUCGACUGAUGCAGGAUAACAUCCACAGCUAUAACUGGCAUUAUGUGAUUCUGGAUGAGGGUCACAAAAUCCGAAAUCCAAAUGCUGCAGUGACACUUGCAUGCAAGCAGUUCCGCACACCCCAUCGAAUCAUCUUGUCUGGCUCCCCUAUGCAAAAUAACCUGAAGGAGCUCUGGUCCCUCUUCGACUUUAUAUUCCCAGGAAAAUUGGGAACACUGCCUGUGUUCAUGGAGCAAUUUUCUGUCCCAAUAACCAUGGGAGGAUAUUGCAAUGCCUCUGCUGUCCAGGUAAAAACAGCAUACAAAUGCGCCUGUGUGCUACGGGACACCAUAAAUCCCUACUUGCUCCGAAGAAUGAAGGCUGACGUAAAAAUGAACCUUUCACUUCCUGAUAAAAAUGAGCAG